AUGAUAAAAAGUAGCUCAAUUCGUCUUUUGAGCCUAAAGCUGGCUAAUUUCCCUAAAUCCUAUUCCACUUACAAAGCACUGCAAGUAUUGCAGAACCUAAAGAAUCCCGAGUUAUUGAAAACAGGUGGAUUUAUAAAUGGUGAAUGGAUAACAAGUAAGAACACUUUUGAAGUUACUGAUCCGGCUUUGUAUCCCAAGCCUGAAUCGAAGCUUGCCGAUGUGUCGUCCUUUUCUGUAAGUGAUUAUAACAUUGCAAUUGAAGCGGCUUCAGAAUCAUUCUAUGAAUUCCGAAAGACAACGGGUAGAUAUAGAGCUGAAUUAUUGAGCAAUCUUUAUCGUCUAAUGAAGGAAAAUCAAGAAGAUUUAGCUAAAAUCAUUGUGCUUGAAAAUGGGAAGCCUUAUGCUGAUGCAUUUGGUGAGAUAACCUACGCUGCUUCUUUCUUUCAAUGGUUUUCAGAAGAAUCUGCCAGAGUCAAUGGCGAUAUUAUCCCUUCUGCAAAUGCAACAAGUAAGAUUUUGGCUUUGCGUCAACCGAUUGGACCCUGUGGUAUUAUUACUCCUUGGAACUUCCCUUCCGCUAUGAUUACUAGGAAGCUUGGUGCCGCUGUUGCCGCUGGUUGCACAACUGUAAUUAAACCUGCUUCUGAAACUCCAUUGAGUGCUUUAGCUUUGGCCCAUCUUUCUGAGAAAGCCGGUUUUCCUAAAGGGGUUGUUAAUGUAUUACCAAGCGCAACCUCUGCCGAGGUUGGUAAGAUUCUCUGUGAACAUCCUUUAAUUAAGAAAGUGUCUUCUACUGGAUCUACUGGAGUUGGAAAGUUAUUGAUGGCCCAGUCGAGCUCAACCUUGAAGAAGCUUUCGUUCGAAUUAGGUGGUAACGCCCCUUUUAUAGUUUUCGAAGAUGCUGAUCUUGAUAAGGCUGUCGAUGGAGCAAUUGCUUCCAAGUUCCGCAGCAGUGGUCAAACUUGUAUCUGCGCUAAUAGGCUUUUUAUCCACGACUCUUUGUAUGAUGAAUUUGUUAAAAAGUUUGUUGAUAAGUUAUCCAAAACUACUUUAGGAUUUGGAUUAGAUGAGAAAACAACACACGGUCCAGUGAUCCAUGAGAAAUCCAUGUCUAAAGUUAGAUCGCAUAUUGAAAAUGCUGUUGAGAAAGGUGCCAAACUCCUAUUAGGUGGAAAAAGACGUGAAGAUAUUGGUGAAAAUUUUCACGAACUUACUGUCCUUGGUGAUGUCACCCCUAAAAUGAAGAUUUUUCACGAGGAAACCUUUGGUCCCGUGGCACCUUUGACUAGAUUUAGUUCUGAUGAAGAGGCUCUUUCUUUGGCCAAUGAUACAGAAGUUGGAUUAGCAGGCUACUUUUAUUCUUCUGAUAUAUCCAAAAUCUUCAAAGUUGCGGAAAAUUUAGAAGUUGGUAUGAUUGGUGUCAAUACUGGUGCCAUUUCCGAAGCAGCUAUGCCAUUUGGUGGUGUCAAAGAAAGUGGAUUUGGAAGGGAAGGUUCAAAGUUUGGUAUCGAAGAUUAUACUAUCGUAAAAAGUGUUGUAUUGGGUGGUUUGGAGAACUAA